AAGGAUUUUUUCCCAUAGUUAAGGCUGCUAACCAAAGGGCGAAAAAAAAACUAGUGGGACUUUUCAUUUGAAAAUUGACUUACGACUCUUUUGGACCUUUGAUUAGUUCACCAAUACAUAACUAAAAAUGGGUAAAUCUCGUGGUUACAGAUCCGGUACUCGUUACGCUUUCCAACGUGACUUCAAGAAGCAUGGUACUAUUGCUUUAUCCACCUACUUGAAGGUUUACAAGGUUGGUGAUAUUGUUGAUAUUAAAGCCAAUGGUGCUAUCCAAAAGGGUAUGCCACACAAAUACUACCACGGUAAGACUGGUAUCGUUUACAAUGUUACUAAAUCUUCUGUUGGUGUUAUUGUCAACAAGAUUGUUGGUAACAGAUACAUUGAAAAGAGAGUUAACUUAAGAGUUGAACAUGUUAAACACUCUAAAUGUAGACAAGAAUUCUUAAACAGAGUUAAAACUAACGCUGCUUUAAAGAAAGAAGCUAAAGCAAAGGGUGAACAAGUUAACUUAAAGAGACAACCAGCCAAGCCAAGAGAAGCUAGAGUUAUUUCUACUGAAGGUAACGUUCCUCAAACCUUAGCCCCAGUUCCUUAUGAAACUUUCAUUUAAAUGUUAUUAUAUUUAUAUGAUAGAAUAUUUGGCACUACAACAUACAUACAUAUAAAACAAAAUUUAAUGCACGUAAAAAUUUAAAGUUUGAUUGGCUUAAUGUAGAAAUGUGAGUAAGAGUAUAUAGUAUACAUCAACUAAGAUUGCACCUGUAAUUGUGAUUGUGAUUGUGAUUGUGAUUAUGAUUGUGAUUGUAAUUGUGACUGUGAUUUAUG